AUGCCAUCAUCUGAACCGUAUGAUGACGCAACUCUGAGCUCUGUUCAACAGCCAGAUUACAGCUUUCAACAACCUAAUUUGAAUGUUGCGCCCCUUGUCAACUUUCCUCUCAUCUCUGGUCAAACGGCGUUAGCGGAGCCUGUGAUGAGUGGUCCUGGGCCAACUCAUCAACCUCAUCUAUCAGCUGGAGACUUUUACGUCGCCCAAGCUUUCAAAGAGGAGCCACAGCUGGAGAACCAGGCACUAAUGCCCGGUCAACAGCUUGACACCAAGGCAUUUCCACAAGUCGGCUACACUUCCGAUCCUAGCCUUAUCGAUGCAAAUGCCAUUACUCACCAGAGCUUGGCUCCACCCGACAGCGUUCCCCAAUAUGGUAUGCUAAUCAAUACUCAACUUGGCGAAGAUACGGUGCAGAACGGGUGGUCUCUAAUGGAUCAACAAGCCAAUUAUGAGAACGUGCUCACUAACCAAAGAGGGGGAAAGAGAGGCCCGUUCAAGGACCCAAAUCUCCGUGAACAAACUGCCCAAACCCGGAAGAUCGAUAUCCGACUUUUCAAACCGGGCCAAGUACCCGGUUAUGAAUGGACACGGCGAUGGACCAAUAACAUCUCGGAUCCGAUACAGAGCUGGGCUACGACUGAAGAGCCCAGGACCAUCUAUCUGUCCGAGGGGCUAUCGAAUAAGUUUGUUAAGGUGAAGGUUCAACGAUUCAUUCCUCAAGCUGGUGACAAGCUGGAACGUACUUGGGAUUACAAGGGUGUCAAGAAAUCAGUAAAGAUUCCUCCGUAUGCGAUGGUCAACCUCGAGGAGGCGAAGAAAGAGUACCUGGACCAUAUUGAGAAUAGCAUGCAGGAUGCUUUUACCAAGUUGCUGGGCCCACCUGAAGGCCUGCUAUUCCGAACGUACUUACGUGCUUGGAAAAUCUUCAAAGACCCGUCCACUACGCCAGAGUGCGUGGAACUUAUUCAUCAUACACUCUUGUUGUGGAUGUCGAUUCGUCUGACAACGCGGUCGAGCUUCAUUGUUGGAGAAGAGACCUUGGGGAUGAAGCAAAAUAUCCUGGACGAAACAAACCCGAACCAUGGCAAGAUCCCUCUUCCGCCUGUACUUGGCGCUCAGAUGGAUCUUAUCCUGAUUCACCACAUACAAACCAAGCUGCGAAGGGAGCUUCUGGACAAACUCCAGAAGAUGAUGUCAAAGAACAAGCAGAGCACUUGGCUAGUGACGUAUCUUGUGAUUUUCAUUCUUUUGCAUAACACAGCUCUCAUCACUGCUCAUGACGCUGGAUACGCGAAAAAGCACGGCAUGAAGCGACGCUUUGCGCGUGAGGAGAAGGUCAAAGAAUACCACCUAGGCGCAAACAUCUUGCUCGCACACUUCCAUUACUGUAACAAGGGCAUCUACCCUUUCUCGGAAGAUUGCAAAGACCAAGACUUGCGAACACUGGCAGGCUUGGAUGAAGAAAAGAUCAAGUUUGUCCAUCAUACUAGCAACCUGGCUAGACGGCAUGCGUUGCAAUGGGAGGAGAUCCGGAACAAGGCCGUGUACGAGCAUGAUUACUUUUUUGUCAGCCAAUUGUUCGAGACCAACUGGCAACCUCGAACAACAAUAUGA